UGUGAGCCUCUCCUCAAACAGUAUUUUAGACCUUUAGUUCCUUUGCAGUCAAUGCUUUUUCCCUGUUUGGCAUUCCUGUUCAACUGCCUCCUCAGUCACUUUCCCAACGCCACCUCACUCUCUUUUAUCAAUAUGAUUCUUCUGAAUCUCAUACAAAUCCCAUCACCCCCAGCCCCGGGUUCCAAAUAGCUUCUAUCUCUUGCCUCACUACUCCUUUUUCACCCCACACCACCCCCCCCAUGGAUCUCACCAGCCCCAGAUACAUUCAAGCUCCUCCUUUGUUUGCUUCUCUUGGGGAAACACCAUUGGAAGGGGACACAAGCCUCUGUGGGAAUAGCAAGGGCAACCCAUUUGCAGAUGCCUUCUCUGACCCACUCUGCAAGCUCAAUCUCAAGGAGACUUCUGAGUUUGUCAAGUCAUUUCCGAUGGCAAACAAUGCCGCUGAGGGGGGCAGAGGUUUUCUUGAUGUCUCAGCUCAGAGGAGGAGGGAGGGGGUGAGCUCAGUGGCACAGAGGAAGCUUGAAGCUCCUCCCACUCCUGGCAGACCUGUUUUCAGCUUCAGUGUUGGUAAUCUCACCAGAAAGAGCUUUCCUUCAAAAUGGGAUGAUGCAGAGAAAUGGCUAAUAAGCAGCUCCUGCCAUGAAUCCCCUGCUCACCCCAUGAAACCACCCUCAGAUUCCUCAAAGGUUUCAAAGCAAUGUGAUGAGGUGAAGCAACAAGUGGAGGUCUUUGCGGAGAAGUGCAGGGUCACUGAGGAAAAGGUCUCAAAGGUGGCUUCAGGCUUUCCAAGUCCGGUAGCUUUGGACCAUCAUAACUCAGCCAGACCUUUCAAUGGGGUCUUAGCCUCGGCAGAUGUACUUCUAAAAGAUAAGUUCACAGAUGGGGUGGACCCAAUUUUCCCAAAUUUCAGAUACUCAGAGCCAACUAAAGAAGGGUUUCUGUUUGGAAACUCAGUGGAUGAAUCCAUGAAAGAUGCAGCCACAGAAGUGUUUCAUGAGGUUCACCACAGAGACAUUGGCACAGAGAUGACUCCAAUUGGCAGUUCCACAGUUUCAAGGUGUCAUACACCCAUCAAAAGCUCCUCACCAGCCCGCCAUAACACUCCUGCUAAUAGGUCAGGCCCAUUGGCGUUAGGGAGCUCCAACAGCACCAACACAACCAUUGACAUUUCCCAGCUGCAAGAGUGUCAUUUAGCUAAGCUGCAGCUUGGUUCACAAUUUGAUUCGGUUGGGUCUCAUUGGAGUUCAAGGGAGGAGGAAGAAGAAGAGGUAUCAAAGAGCCUUAGACACUCUGAAACAGGCAAUUUCUGCAGAAAGAGUAUCUCAGAGGCCAAAUCUGCUUCAUGGGAAGAAGAGGAGAAAACCAAGUGCUGCCUCAGGUAUCAAAGAGAAGAAGCAAAAAUCCAAGCUUGGGUGAAUCUACAGAAGGCCAAGGCAGAAGCUCAAUCAAGAAAGCUUGAGGUGAAAAUACAGAAGAUGAGAUCAAAUCUUGAAGAGAAGUUAAUGAAGAGAAUGGCAGUUGUACACAGAAAAGCAGAGGAGUGGAGAGCAUCAGCCCAGGUGCAACACUCUGAGCAAAUUCAAAGAGCUGCUGAGCAAGCUCAGAAGAUGUUGAACCAACACAACUCAAACUUCUCUGCCCACAGCUCCUGUGGCUGCUUCCCUUGCAACAACCUUCAUCACUAAAUCAUAAAGUAAAGACCAGAAAGAAUUUCAUUUCUGUAUCUUACAUCUGUCCAGGAAAACCCAGACUUUACCCUUCCUCAGCGGCAAGAACCAAGCUCCUAUCUUUGAGAACUGUCUCAUUUCUGAAGCCCAUGUGAGCUUUUCACUGUCUGCCAACUUAAAACCAUGUUCAUACAUUCAAAAUUUCUCAGCAUUAUCCACACUUGGGGGUAGAAGAAAAGUAACAAAGCAAUCAACUUUUUAGCAAGGAACUGAUGGGCAGUAGGCUUUUGUGAGAGUGCAGUGGAAAGCUAGAGCUUUACAAAAACAAAACGUAGCAGAAGCAGACUAUGUAGGGUGAAGGAGGUCCUAUGGAUGUGGGUGUUGGAUCUAUUGUCUUGGCGUUUCUUCCUUUUGACAGAUGGAUGAGCCAUUCUUUUAGAGCAAGCACUGCCAAAUAUCUCAGUGGAUACACUCUGAUGUCUUAUGUGCUCUUUACGGUAACCAGCCUGCCUUGCCUAACCCCAUCCACAUAGCCAUGGAUGCACUAGCCUGCAAUCUUGUCCCUCUAAUGUUGUUUUUUUCUGGAUGACAGUAUAAAAACACAGGAAAAAUUUU